AUGGCCGCCCAAAGCUACUACGGCAACCCCACCGAGCCCCCCUCCAACCCCGGUCCCGGCGGUCGCCCGACAGGCUACCCCGCCAAUCCCUCCCCCCGACCCAACGACUACCCACCCCAGUCAGGUUGGGGAACCCCGCACCCAGGGAACCAGGGUAGUCCGCCACCUGGACAAUCCUACCCGCCCUACGCCGAGGGCUACAACAACUACCCGCCGGGCCGAUCCAACAGCCCCUACCAACAGCAGCCACCCCCGGGCGGACAAUCUUGGGAGUCCACCCCACGCCCGUUCCACAACCAGCAACAGCCAUCUCCCCCGCGCUACUACGGUGGUUCCCCUCCUCCGGGAAGCCCUUACCAGAACCAGCACAAUCAACAGGGGCCACCACCCCAGUCUUACCCCUCUUCCUACCAGGGUAACAACAACAACAACAACAACAACAAUAACAACCAAGAUGGCUACCCGCCCCGUCCCACCUCCGCCUCGCAGAACCCCCAAGACGACGAACGAGGUUUCAUGGGGGCCGUCGCUGGUGGCGCAGGCGGCGCUUGGGCCGGUCACCAAGUCAACCACGGCAUUCUGGGCACUAUCGGCGGCGCCCUAACGGGAUCCGUGGCCGAAGACGCGAUCAAAAAGCAGCGGGAGAAGAAGCACAAGGAGGAAGAGGAGGAGAGACGGCGAAAGGAAAAAGAAGAGCAGGACAGGCUGCACUGGGAGAGGAUGCAGGCGGAGGAGCAGCGCAAGCGGAUGCAUGCUCAGUCGCAUCCCCUCAAGGGGAACUUCUCGGCGUCGGCGUCGGAUGUCGCCCUUGACGGUGUUAUGCUGUCGGCGUCUUGUCGCGCUUUGUCUGGUGCCACUCGUAGGUCGCGCAUUUCGCUGGAUAGUGUCUUGUCGAAUACCUGGGGUGAGUUUACGUGGCAUCGGCAGGGUAAUUUCUCGUCGAGUGCUCGCCAUGUGCGCUUGGGCGAUGGUGGGAGGGUGUUGGAGGCGGAGUUGUCGGAUGGCAGGGGCGGUUGGAAGCAGGCCUGGGUGAGGCUUGACGAACGUAUUACCAACCGUGAUGGGAAAUUGUCAUUUGUGAAUUGA